AUGACUGUUACAAUCUCCGAUUCGAGUUUUGUAUCAGGCAUCAGUUCACCAUCCACAACUCUGGACAAUAGAUCCCCUCUGUCCAGAUUCGAGAUGGAAGGUGCACCUGAAAAUGUUGUCAAUGCUCCUGUUCCUCCACAACCUGCCCCUGUUGAUCAAAACAAUCAACCUGAACAAGUUGGUAAUGGUAACGGUAACUUGGCUAAUGAAAAUUCUUAACUGCUUGUUGAAGAAUGCAAAUUGACUUCUGAUGUAUGGCCUCAUUACAUUAGGGUUAAGGUUAAUGGGGUUAUUAAAGCUAAGUGCAAGUACUGUCGAAAAAACCUUGGUGGUGAUACUCGUAAUGGAACCUCGCACCUUAGGACUCAUGUGAAAACCUGUAUAAAAAAAGGAUACAUGAUGGUGCUCAAAAAAUUCUUUGCCCUAAUUACAAAGCAACUGGAAAACCCCUAUUAUCUGCUACACAGUUCAACUCUGAUGUGUCUAGGAAGGAGCUGAGCUCAAUGAUUUUGGUCCAUGAGUACCCUCUUAGCAUUGUUGAACACUUGGGUUUCAAGCGUUUCUGUUGUUCUUUGCAACCACAGUUUACUGUGCCUUGUAGAAAUACUGUG